AUGUUUGAAAGACACAGAUUUUCCAGCUAACAAAAACUUCCAACCUUAGAUUUAACAUAAACAAAUCGAUUUUCAACAGAAGGAGUUAAAGUUAAUGUAAUGUAUUUUAAACGAAAUAGAUUACAGUCUAAUCAGGUGAUGCUUAAUUCGUUAGUUUUCGAUCAUUAAAUGAGUUGAAUCCAAAAUUUGCUUUUCCAAUGAACUCAAUGGAUUCUUCAUAAUAAUAAUUAAACUAAACAAUAUAGAAUGAUCUAACUUAAAAUAAGAAAAUGAUCUUAAUGUUAGGAAAAACUCUUUAUAAAUAAAAAAAUGAAUAUUAAGAAUAUUAAGAACAUAUGAUAGUAAAAAUUUGAUUUAAAUUAGAAAAAAAUAAGAAGUGUUGCUAGAAUGUAAAAAUAAGUCAAAAAAGUUCCACAUCGAAUUGAGACAUUUAGUAAUGAUAAAUCUUCUAACGUUAUCUAAUAAUUUCCAAAAAAAAAGGUGAGUUUUCCUAUGUAUUUUAAUGGAGCAUAUUUUUCUAAAUAAUCACAUAGUUGGAUACCUACGAUCAGAGAAAAUACAAUGGCAGCAGAUUACUAAAAAAAAAUAUAUAUUUUUGGUGGAAUAGGGAGUGAAGUAAUGGGUGAUUUAAUUGAAUAUGAAAUAUAAACAGGUAAAUUUUAAGAAAUUAAAUAAAAUGGAGAUAUUCCGCUUAAUCGUUAUGGUCAUUGUUUGCAUAGUAUUGGUUAUCCAAUUAAUUUAUCAACAUAAUUUUCAUAUGACAAUCAAUAAUAUAGUUAGAUUAAUGGAAAAUAACUUAUAAUGUACGGAGGAGAGAUGCAAUAUAAUGCAGCUUUAAGAUUAAGAGAAAAUCUGAGUGAUACAAGAAUUUUUGAUUUAGAAACUUAAACUUGGUAAUUAUUAAAACCUAACAUUGAAAACAUACCUGAAAGUAGGAGAUCAUUUGGUAGUUGUAUUGUAGGAAAAGGAUUGUUAGUUAUGGGCGGUAUUAGAAGUAGAUUUUCAGUUUUUAAUGAUAUACAUUAUUUGAAUUUAAGUAUUUUUACAUUCAUUCAUUAGAUCUUUGCAAAUGGAUUCCAUUAGAUACAUAAAGAAAUCCUUUUAAUAAAGGAUUGGCAUUUUAAUAAUUAGUUUGUACUUAUUGUAAACCAUAAAUAAUUUUUGAGAAAAAAGAUUCAAGAAAUAAACCUUAAAAAGUAUCUGAACAUGAAGGUAUUUAUUGUUUUGGAGGAUGUUAUAUUGAUGAAAAUAAAAAUACAUAAUUCUAUAACAAUUUUAUGGCACUUUUAAAAUUAGAUCAACCAAAUAAUCCUUGGGUUAUACCAGAAACUAUGGGAAAAUAACCACUUUCAAGAAUUUAACAUACAGCAUCGUAUGUAUAAGACAUGAAUAUAAUUAUUAUUUUUGGUGGUAGAGAUGAUUCUAGAAGCCAUCCUUAUUUUAAUGAUUUAUUUGCAUAUAAAAUUUGUGAAAAGGAAUGGGUUUAAUUAGAUAUAUAUGGAAAUAUUCCAAGGCCUAGAGCUUCACAUUCUGCUGUAGCAUAUAAAAGUUAAGUUUUAUUUUUUGGAGGUGUCAGUAUGAAUGGAUAUUUAGAAUUUUCUGUUAAUGUUGCAGAAUUUAAUCAAAAUCAAAUCAGAUAAUUACAAGCAGAAAUGAAAACUUAUGAAUCAGCAACUGACCUUCAAUCUCCUAAAGAAGAAUCUUAAAGAUAGUCUAUUUUAACUAAAUAGUACUUCUCUUUGCAUUAAAUUGCUCCUAUUUAAAAACAUAAGCAAAUUAAUAAAGCAGUGGAAAUGAAUUAAUAAAUCUAAUAAUUGUCUUUUUCUAAUUUUCCAUUACAUCUUAAAUGA